AUGGCUGCUCCCAAUGACGGCUACGGCCAAUACCCACCACAGGAGUACGACCAGGAGGCGCCAUAUUCCGACCAGCAGCCUACCGGUUACGAAGGUCAGGCAUCUCCCCCUCCUCAGGCCGCAUCGCACCAUGAUGGAAAAAAGAAGAAGAGAGGUUAUGCCACCCAGGCAUUCGAGUUUGGAAGCGGCGCGAACGCUGGCGCUACUGGCCCAACACCCGGCGGUAUAUCACCAGGAUACGGAGGUCCUGCUCCGGGUCCUCAACCCUCUCCGGGUUACGGGGCUGGUAGUGCCUAUCCUCCCCCGGAUUUUCAACAGGGUGGCUAUGGCUCUCCCGCACCCGGCCAAGCACCAUACGGCGCUCCCCAGCAGACAGGUGCUCCUCAGCCAGGGUUAGGUGGUUACCAAGCUCCCGACCCAUACUACCAGCCGGGAGUUGGACAGCCACCUCCGGGAGUCGCCGGCAUAACUCAAGGAAUGGCUGGUAUGAACAUGGGGCCUGGUUCCCAGCCUGCCGUUCAGCAACCUGCUCAGCAAGCUCGAGUCGCCUUAAACCAGCUUUACCCAACCGACUUGCUAAAUCAACCAUUCAACGUGUCAGAGUUAGAUUUACCCCCUCCCCCUUGUAUUCUACCACCAAAUGCCAGUGUCACCCAGUCUCCCGAUGCGAACUGCCCUCCCAAAUAUAUCCGGUCGACCUUGAAUGCAGUCCCUACUACGCAUUCCUUGCUUAAGAAGUCAAAAUUGCCAUUUGCCCUCGUCAUUCAGCCGUAUGCCGCCCUUCACGACAUCGACGAUGCUGUGCCCGUUGUUCAGGAUCAGGUGAUAGCUAGAUGCCGAAGAUGUAGGACUUAUAUCAACCCUUACGUGAUCUUCCUCGACCAAGGUCACAGAUGGCGGUGUAAUAUGUGUAAUCUUACCAACGACGUACCGCAAGCCUUUGACUGGGAUGCUGCCGCUCAGAAGAGCGUCAACCGAUGGGAUAGGUAUGAACUAAACCACUCCGUUGUCGAAUUUGUUGCGCCUCAGGAGUAUAUGGUGCGCCCUCCGCAACCGUUGGUGUAUCUGUUCCUUUUCGAUGUUAGCUACGCUGCCGUCUCUACCGGUCUUCUUGCUACAAGCGCGCGUACUAUCUUAGACAGCCUCAACAGGAUACCUAAUGCCGACCGACGAACCCGAUUAGGAUUCAUCGCAGUCGACUCAAGCUUGCACUAUUUUUCUGUGCCCAAGGAUGACGACGAAAAUGCGGAGACAUCUAUGCUAGUUAUCAGCGACCUAGACGAGCCGUUCCUACCAGUUCCCCAGGAUCUCCUGGUCCCCCUGAUAGAAAGCCGAAGCAGCAUUGAGAACUUUUUAGCCAAGCUUCCCGACAUGUUCCAGAAUAACCAGAGCAAUAACUCGUGCAUGGGAUCUGCCCUGAGGGCUGGCCACAAGCUCAUCUCACCAUUAGGUGGCAAGAUCGUGGUGCUCAGCGCUUCGUUGCCGAAUCUGGGAGUAGGAAAGUUAGAGAUGCGGGAGGACAAAAAAUUGCUGGGUACGUCUAAAGAAAGCGGUCUCCUCCAGACCGCAAACAGUUUCUAUAAGUCGUUUGCUGUCGAGUGCUCCAAGAAUCAAGUUUCCAUCGACAUGUUCCUUUUCUCUUCGCAAUACCAAGAUGUGGCCUCGCUUAGCAACCUUCCCCGAUAUACCGGUGGCCAAACCUGGUUUUAUCCCGGAUGGAAUGCGGGUCGCGCUGAGGAUGCAGUCAAGUUUGCAACGGAGUUUAGCGACUUCCUAUCUUCGGAAAUUGGGUUGGAAGCAGUGCUUAGAGUACGAGCCACGACGGGCUUGCGCAUGAGCACGUUUUACGGGAAUUUCUUCAAUAGGUCUUCGGAUCUCUGCGCAUUCCCGGCCUUCCCCCGCGAUCAAUGCUACGUGGUCGAGGUGGCUAUCGACGAGACUCUGCAGAAGAACUAUGUUUGUUUACAAGCCGGUGUCUUGUACACUACGUGCAAUGGUGAACGGCGUAUCCGUGUCAUGACGCUCGCAAUCCCCACAACAACCAACCUCGCCGACGUCUAUGCCUCGGCGGACCAGUGUGCAAUUACGACAUACUUCACUCACAAGGCUGUCGAGAGAGCUCUCAGUAGCGGUUUAGACGCCGCCCGCGAUGCUCUCCAGAGCAAGCUUAUUGAGCUCCUCCAGACCUUCAAGAAGGAAUUAGGGGGUGGAAGCAUGGGCGGUGGUGGGUUACAGUUCCCUGCCAAUCUGCGCGGCCUCCCAGUGCUCUUCUUAGGUUUGAUCAAGCACGUCGGCCUCCGCAAGUCAGCGCAAAUCCCGUCAGAUCUCAGGUCAGCGGCUCUGUGCCUACUAUCUACGUUACCUCUGCCGCUUCUAAUGCAGUACAUUUACCCUCGAUUAUAUUCGCUACAUGAUAUGCCCGAUAAUGCUGGAGUUCCCGAUCCAGAAACGAGCCAGAUUGUUCUCCCACCGCCAUUAAACUUGUCGUCGGAACGAUUCGUCACCUAUGGGCUAUACUUGAUCGACGACGGCCAAACGCAGUUCCUAUGGGUGGGUAGGGAUGCAGUACCCCAGCUCUUGACGGAUGUAUUCGGCGUAGGGGAUCGCACUCAGCUACGUGUCGGCAAAGGCUCGAUUCCCGAGCUUGACAACGACUUCAACGAACGCGUCCGAGCCGUGAUUCAAAAGAGUAGAGACCACCUAUCACGCGGAGUUGGUAGCAUCAUCGUACCACAUCUAUAUAUCGUACGGGAAGAUGGCGAACCAAGCCUGAAGCUCUGGGCGCAGACGCUGCUCGUAGAAGACCGGGCAGACCAAGGGAUGAGCUUUGGUCAGUGGAUGGGAACGCUGAGAGAAAAGGUUGUGCAGUAG